UGUGUUUACUACGAUCAGUCGACGCUGUUGCCCUGCUAGUUGAGAUUCAGUAUUACAUUGAGAAUCGCUAAAAUGGCUUUAAAUAAGGUGUGUGCGCUUUGCUUACGCGGAUUUAAGGGUGAAUUUGGAUCAUUGAGUGUGAUUUCGAGAGGAAGUCAUUUUACGUAUACUCCCGACACCGAUGUACCAAGCAAAGGGGAGAAAGCAAAGAUGAACAUGUUCCAAGCCAUAAACAACGCCCUGGACAUAGCCCUAGCAUCAGACAAAACCGCCAUGAUCUUCGGGGAAGACGUUGGUUUCGGUGGGGUCUUUCGGUGUACCUUAGGCCUCCAAAAGAAAUACGGAAGGGAAAGGGUGUUCAAUACCCCGCUAAGCGAACAGGGGAUCGUAGGUUUUGGUAUAGGAGUUGCUGCUGUGGGGUCAACAGCCAUCGCGGAGAUACAAUUUGCAGAUUAUAUUUUCCCUGCGUUCGAUCAAAUAGUAAACGAGGCGGCCAAAUAUAGAUACAGAAGUGGAGGCGAGUUCGAUUGUGGCAAAUUAACCAUAAGAGCCCCAUGCAGUGCUGUUGGGCAUGGUGCUUUGUACCAUUCACAAAGUCCGGAGGCAUAUUUUGCUCAUACGCCUGGUAUUAAGGUAGUUGUACCUAGAGGUCCGAUCAAGGCCAAAGGAUUAUUACUAAGUUGUAUUAGAGACCCAGAUCCUUGUAUAAUACUCGAGCCUAAAGCUUUGUAUAGAGCAGCAGUAGAAGAAGUCCCAGAAGAAGACUACCAGUUGCCCAUUGGCAGAGCGGAUAUUAUUUUAAAAGGCUCGGAUGUGACUCUCAUAGGAUGGGGCACCCAAGUCCACGUGUUGAAAGAGGUGGCCCAGUUAGCGAAGAGCCAGCUGAAGGUAUCCUGCGAAGUGAUAGACCUUGUCUCCAUUCUGCCCUGGGACAUGGAGACGGUGUUUAAGUCGGUGAAGAAAACUAAGCGGGUCCUUGUUUCGCAUGAGGCUCCUUUGACUGGAGGAUUUGGAGCAGAAUUGUCAGCUAGCAUUCAGGAGGAAUGUUUCCUACAUCUUGAGGCCCCCGUAGCCCGAGUCACGGGCCACGACACGCCGUUUCCCCACGUUUUCGAGCCCUUCUACUUGCCGGACAAGUGGCGUUGUCUGGCGGCAGUCCGCAAUCUGAUAAAUUAUUAAAUAACAUUCUUUACGGUGA